AUGGAUCUCAUUGCUCUCCCACAGGAGAUUCUUCAGCACAUCGCUGCUCAAUUCUGUUCGCAUUGCACGCCAAGGCACUGCCACGAUGUCGCCGAGCCUCACGAUCGAUCGGAUCGUCAUGCACUCUGGGCCAUGUGCCUUACAAGUACCACGUUGAGGCAAGUUUCGCAGAAUAUUCUGUAUCACUCCGUGUUACUAGAACGCACGUCGGAGCUCAACUAUUUCUUGCGCAAGGUGACCCUGUCUGAUAUCCUCACGCGGGCCGUCACUCAUGUUUUCAUCUGCGGCGACAUGAUUGAACAUUUCAAGCCCCGCAAUGGCCGACUUGGGGGAAACAAAGUGCAGGGUUGUUCGUCAUCUUGGUCAACCAUUGCCUUGGUCACUGCCAUGUUCCCUAGGCUGGAGCAUUGCGAGGUUGGCUUUCGUUCUGGCUCCCAAGAGGACAAUAGCCCCAGCGGCUCUGGCAACUCGGAUUCGGAUAUCCCAUGCAACUGUGUUCACUUGACCACAAAGCUUUAUCGCCACUGCGACUCUGUGUUGGGUACAGAUAAAGGGGACCUACACUUGCGCCGUCUUGUACUACGCAAGCUUCCCCCUGUUACCAGACAGUGUAAGAAAAGCUACGCCUUCUUUUCACGGCUCAAGGUCGAUACUUUGCACUUGGUGCAAAGCAAAAUCUUCUGGCGACAAUUCCAGCGUGUGAUCGAGUUUGUCGAACCAAAAAGUGUCAUUUACGAGGCAGAUCGUAAAGCGAAACUUGCAGCCAUACCCAAGAGGUAUGCUUGGUUGCCGGGCACGUUCCCAGAUGUCGAAUUCCACCCAUUCGACUUACCCAUGAUCCUGUCUCCUGUCCGGAAAACCUUGCGCAACCUCCACAUUGACCUGAGAACUCAGUGUUGGUUCCCGCGAUGCGCGGGGAGGAUAGACUCGCUCCAGGAAUUCACCAAGGUAGAGACACUCUUUCUCGACAUGGCCACCAUUUUCAAAUGGCGCGAGCUUCAGGGAUCGGAAGGAGAAAAGUUCUACAUCUGUCCCGAUCACACAGAAGACAACCGUUUAUUGAAGGCAUUGCCACGCCAAAUCGUCAAUUUGCAGCUUGUGAGGUGCAAGCAGGUAGAUCCAUCUACCUUUGCCUACACUCUGCAAAAGUUUGCCGACUCCAUCGGAGAGGGGAGAUAUCCUAAGCUCAAGUGUGUCAAAAUCGACGUGGACCUGAUGGACCCGGCGUGGUUCAAGGUCAUCUUGUUUGAUCCAGCUCCUGAAAUAGAAAAGCUGCUGAACGAAUACUGGUGCGACGAGCUCCCAAAGACGUUUGCAGAGCACGGCGUUCAACUUGUCUACGAUGACCCGCCCUUGGACCCGUCCGACACCAGAGUGAAGCCCAUGGACAUGGUGUGGAGUCUUGGAUCUCAUCACGGUCCUAUUGUCCAUCAGGUAGCGAGGGAGGAUACCGAGUAA